AGGGCUGAAGAGGCAGGCAAGGCGGUGUUAUCCCUCGGUGCGCCCCCCCCCGAUUGGCAGGGCGCUUCUGGAGGGUGGCAGGGGGAUUGGAGAUCGCCUGGCUGUGCCGGUGAGGAGGGAAGCCCAGCAGGGAGCCCCCGCCCGCCGGCCCCGCCGCGCCGCUCGGGAAAUGGGGGAGGCGAGCCGGGGAGGGGGCGGCUGCCCCCUGUUCUGAGCCAGGACCGGAGGCAUCCGCAGGGUUGCCAACCCUCCCGGGCGGGGGCGCCUUCUGGGCAGGUGCAUGGAGGAGGGGCUUGAAGGACGCAGCCCCGCCGCCGCCGCCGCCGCCGGUGGGCAUCGGGCGCCAGACGCAGGAGAACUGGCCAGGGGACGGCGGCUGUCACUCCAGGAGGCGGCCAGCUAGAGCUCCCUUCAGCUGGGAGAGCAGAGGAGACUGUCAGACUGCAAUGACUGUUUUUCUUUAAAGGAACAGGAUUUCCUACAAAUUAUCAUAAGAGCCAUUUAUUCCUUUGCAGUGGCUUUUUGCCCCCUGUCCAAAACUUGGAACCUGCCAAGGCGCCUUGACAGUUAAGAAGGGGUCCUGCCGUGGUCCAGCAAGGAGGGGUGUUCCAGUGGGGACGAGGGACUCCCAAGAGGCCGGAGCUCUGGAUGGUGGAGGAUCUGGGGAUUGGGUCCCAGCAGGAGCUGUUGCUGGCCAGUUGGCCCAGCUGGGUCUGUGAGGCAUGCAAGGCCCUGACCGGUGGAGAAGGGCCCCCACAGCAGACACGUACUCAAUGGAUCAGGCAUGCAAGGAGACAGGUGACUCCGGGGGGCUUUGGACUGCAUGCCCGUCCACCCCCAACCCAUUCUGGACAGCUAUCUUCGACUACGAGGCUACGGCAGAGGAGGAGCUCACCCUGCGGAGGGGGGACCUGGUGGAGGUUCUGUCUAAGGACUCCACUGUCUCUGGGGACGAGGGCUGGUGGACUGGCAAACUUCAAGAGAAAGUCGGCAUCUUCCCAAGCAACUAUGUCACCAGCGACCCCGAGCACACCCAGAUCCAGAGCUCCCUGAACUGCCCUCCUCCCCUGGAGAUCUCCUUCCAGGAGCUGGCGCUGGAGGAGAUCAUCGGCGUGGGGGGCUUUGGGAAGGUCUACAAGGGGGUGUGGCGAGGGGAAGAGGUGGCAGUGAAAGCCACCCGCCAGGACCCCGACGAGGACACGGCUGUGACAGCGGAGAAUGUACGGCAGGAGGGUCGGCUCUUUGCCAUGCUGUGUCACCCCAACAUUAUUGCCCUGAAGGCUGUUUGCCUCAGCCCCCCCAACCUGUGCCUGGUCAUGGAGUAUGCCCGUGGUGGGGCACUCAACCGGGCCCUGGCAGGCAAGAAGGUGCCCCCCCAUGUGUUGGUUAACUGGGCUGUGCAGAUUGCUCGGGGCAUGAACUACCUCCACAAUGAGGCCAUCGUCCCUAUCAUCCACCGGGACCUCAAGUCCAUCAACAUUCUAAUCCUGGAGCGCAUCGAAAAUGACAACUUGAAUGGCCGGACCCUCAAGAUCACCGACUUUGGCCUGGCGCGUGAGUGGCACAAGACGACCAAGAUGAGCGCAGCGGGCACUUAUGCCUGGAUGGCACCCGAAGUCAUCAAACUCUCCCUCUUUUCCAAGAGCAGCGAUGUCUGGAGCUUUGGGGUGCUGCUGUGGGAACUGCUGACUGGCGAAGUGCCGUAUCGAGAGAUUGAUGCCCUUGCCGUGGCCUAUGGCGUGGCCAUGAACAAGCUGACGCUGCCAAUCCCCUCUACCUGCCCUGAACCCUUUGCCCACCUGCUGGAGGAGUGUUGGAGCCCAGACCCUCAUGCCCGGCCAGACUUUGGCUCCAUCCUGCAACAGCUGCUGGCCAUAGAGCAAUCGGCCAUGUUCCAAAUGCCUCUGGAGUCCUUCCACUCCUUGCAACAGGACUGGAAAGUGGAGAUUGCUGGCAUGUUCCAUGAUCUGCGCACCAAGGAGAAAGAGUUGCGGAGCCGGGAGGAGGAGCUGCUGCACGCGGCUCAGGAGCAGAAGAGUCAGGAGGCAGAGCUGCGCCGGCGCGAGCAGGAGCUGGCCGAGCGCGAAAUAGACAUUGUGGAGCGGGAGCUGAGCCUCAUCAUGACGCAGAUGGGCCGGGAGAAGCCGCGCGUCAAGAAGCGCAAGGGGCACUUCCGGUGCUCCCGCCUCAAGCUGCGUGACGGGAACUGCAUCAGCCUGCCCUCAGGGUUUGAGCACAAGAUCACGGUGCAGGCCUCACCCACCCUGGACCAGCGGAAGGGCCUAGGGGCGAAUGGAGCCAGUCCUCCUGGGAGCCCCAUUGUCAUCCCACGCCUGCGAGCCAUCCGCCUGACUCCCUUGGAUGGGAGCCGGACAUGGGGGCGCAACAGCUUGGUCAAGAAGGAAAACCUCAUGGGGAACAAGAAGAGAGGCCGGACGUGGGGGCCGAGUACCACCCUCCAUAAGGAGAGACUUGGCGGAGAGGAGAGGUUGAAGUCCCUGGCCGAGGGGAGCAAGCAGUGGUCAUGCAGCGCACCCAACCUGGGCAAAUCCCCCAAGCAUGUGCCCCUGGCGGUGGGCUUUGCCAGCCUCACGGAGAUGGAGGAGUACAUGGAGCCAGAGUGCAGCAGCAGCAGCCCCUGCUCCCCAUACCUCCCCCUCUCGCCACCAGGGACCGAGGCCCAUGCCAGCCGGCAUCCAUCACCGCUGCCACCUAGUGCAGAAGGGCGCAAGCGGGGCGUGGGCCCCUUACGCCGCCACCGCAGUGAGCUUGUCCUGCUGGGCUGUGCUUCUAUUUUGGCCUCCAUCGCGCUGGGCGCUGACCUGACUGAGCUGGCAGAAGGGCCGAGCCAGAGUGUCCCUUCAGGGGCCCCCAGCUCCAUCACCCUCCUGUCCCUCUCCUCCCUCUCUGACUGCAACUCCACCAAGUCCCUCCUGCCCUCGGACAGCGAUGAAGCCCCCGUGAAUGAGCCCAUUGGCCUCCCCGAGAGCCCCCCGCCACUUCGCCGCCACAACCCCCUGGUGGACGUCACCACCGAGAGCUUCAAGAAGGAUCCCCACCAGUCGCUCACCCCCACGCACGUCAGCGCCACGCAGACUGUCAGCCGAGGGCAUCGUCGAACGCCAUCCGACGGAGCCAUCCGCCAGGGCCCACAAGGCCCCGACUGCCGGGGCUCACAAGAAAUGCUGCCCUUUCCUCGUCCGCCAGAUGCCUCCUCGCUCCUCACUUCCCCAGCCCAGCACAAGGCCAUGGAACAACUCACCAUCAACGCCACACCGGUAGAGCGUCCUCAGACACAGGCCUUUGCACCCCGGCCUCGCCCAGCGCCAGGUCGGCACUGCAUCAACCCUUGGAAGCUCCUCUCGUUUGGCCGGACGCAGGGGGGCACCUCGUCUGCACCAGGGGAGACCACCAAGGGGGCUCCCCCGGAGUUCUUCCAGACGCUUCUGGACAUGGAUAUGGAAGGGCAGAACCGGGACAGCACCGUGCCCUUGUGUGGGGGGCAAACCUCCUGCUGUGGGCCAGAGACAGACGUAUCCCACUGAUGCAGCAACUCUCCUAGGACUGUGUCACACACACCCUGCCAGCUGGGUAGCUCAGGGAUAAAGCUGUGGAUCUCUGGGUCCCAGGAUGCAUUGCAAGAGGCAUAUGGACCAUGCAGGGCAUUGUAUUUAUUCAUUCUGGAGAUUCCCAUAUACUUACUGAGUCCAAGGGGAGCUCAUUUCCAAACAAUGUGACAGCCAGUAGGAGGUGCUAGGCCAACAGUGAGUGAGUGAGUGAGUGAGUGAGUGAGUGAGUGAGUGAGUGAGUGAGUGAGUGAGUGAGUGAGUGAGUGAGUGUGUGUGUGUGUGUGUGUGUGUGUGUGUGUGUGUGUGUGUGUGUGUGUGUGUGUGUGAGAGAGAGAGAGAGAGAGAGAGAGAGAGAGAGAGAGAGAGAGAGAGAGAGAGUGUUGUGCAGGCUCUUCCAGCCUGGUCUUCAUGAGUAAUGUCUGAUCCACACAUCUGUGAGACGUCUUGUUACUUUUUUUAAAAGUGUGCAUCAGAGAAGUAAAAUGUCUGCCUUCCUUUCUUCCCCCUCUGAAAAAAGCCAUAAUUCCACCCAACUCUGCCCCUGUGAUGAGGGGCAGGUGGGUUCAGGGUCUGCCUGGGCAGGCGCCAUCUCCAAUGCUCAAAGAUCUCAGGGUGGCAAAUGUACCUGGUUUAUCUCCCUUACAUGCACGCACACACAAACGCCUUAACCUCAUCACAACCCUGUGAAGUAGGCUAGGCCAACAAGAGAGUGGCUGCUCACCCAGCGACUGCCAUGGUUGGGAGGAAACUUGAAUUGGUGCCAUCCUGGCCCAGUCCCCCAGCCACUCUGCCACACUAGCUUCACACUGCAGGGGCUGGUGAGGAUUUCAGGCUUGCCCUCCCUCACCUGCUAAACUCCCCAGGGCCUUUGGUGAGGAACAUUUCAUUCUCGGCUCUUCCCAUUAGACAGAGACCCACAACAGAAGGAUUUGUUUGCUGUUGUAAACAUUGUCAUGACAAAGGACUCCUUCACAAUAUUAGUGCAGCCUCCGACACCUCUUCCUGCUCUCCCCACAUUUAAUUGCCUGCAGGCCUUGCUUCAGUAGUAGGAAGUGGCCUUGAUCUGAGCCAGAAUCUGUUUUCAAGACCCAGAACAAGGAGCGCUGUAAAAGGAAGAAAGUGUUUUUGCGCAGUUAUAAAUGGCUAUACCUUCAACCAGAUAAGCUUUGAGCCCUGAUACUUCUCCUUUUAGAAAUGAAGAUGGGGGGGGGGAUUAACACGCUCACAGCUGCACACAAUGAGGCAAGCCAAGGCUCCUGGGAUCUGUUCCCAGGGAGGUGAGAGGAUUUCUCCCCACCUCACCUGCUCCCAGGACUCUAGACAACCUGCAGCCUGGGCAGUGUGGCCUGGGCGUGUGGGGAGCACCAGGCUGCUCUCGCAGCUCUCUUUCUGUAUCCUGGCCACCCUAGGAGCAGCAAAAUCCUUGCAAAGUAUCUCUGGGGAAGCUGCGGGGGGGGGGGAAGACAGACACUUUGGCCGCAGCAAUAGUCUCUCUCACUCUCUUAGACGCACAGUUAAACCCUUCUGUAAUCCAAGUCCCAAAUCUCUUCAAUUUCCUCUCACGCAUCACACACACCAUCUCAGUGUAAUGGGGGAUCAACUACUACUGCCUGGCUCCGUGAGCACAAGACACCAGGGUGAAAA